AUGCACGUCGCCUCAGUUAUCAGUACAGUCGGCCUGCUUGCAGCGGGGGCUGCUGCACACGGCGCUGUCACUAGCUACGUUAUCGCCGGCACAGCCUACCCAGGUUACCAAGGCUUCUCUCCGUCCAAUUCUCCCAACGUCAUCCAAAGACAAUGGUCUGACUACAACCCCGUAACGUCUGUCACUGACGCAAAACUCCGCUGCAACGGCGGCACUUCGGCAAGCCUAAAUGCGUCAGUUAAGCCAGGCGACAGCGUCUCAGCUAUCUGGGGACAAUGGACACACAGCCAGGGACCAAUCCUGGUCUGGAUGUACAAGUGUGCUGGUGCUUUCAGUGCCUGCGAUGGCUCUGGUUCUGGUUGGUUCAAGAUUGACGAGGCUGGCUUCCACGGAGACGGCGUCAAGGUCUUCCUCGACACCGAAACUCCCUCUGGGUGGGACAUUGCCAAGCUUGUGGGCGGCAAUAAGCAGUGGACCAGCACAAUCCCAGCCGGACUCGCCCCUGGCAACUACCUGAUCCGCCACGAGUUGAUUGCCCUCCAUCAGGCAAACUCCCCGCAAUUCUAUGCCGAGUGCGCACAGAUUGUUGUCACCGGCAGCGGCACAGCCGAGCCGAGUGCCGCACAGAAGGCGGCCAUUCCUGGCUACUGCAAGCAGGGCGACGCCAAUAUCAAGGUCCCGAUCAAUGAUCAUUCCAUCCCUCAGACAUACGUCAUUCCCGGCCCUCCCGUCUUCAAGGGCAGCGCCGCCGUCAAGGCCAGGGAAUUCACUGCAUGA